AUGGGUAGACUCGCCCUUUAUCGCAGGUUUAUUGACGACAUUCUUAUUGUCUGGAAGGGUGGUUGGGAUGAAGUAGAAGAUUUUAUGGCACAUAUUAAUGACAACCAAUGGGGUCUUUCUUUUACCUAUAAGAAACACAAAUCCACCAUAGAGUUCCUGGAUCUUACCCUUAUUGGAACUAUAAGUUCGAUUGUCACCAAAACUUUUCAAAAAAGUGUGGAUGUCAAUGGCUAUCUACAUGCCAUGAGUGGGCAUCAUCCCACAUGGAUACAAAAUAUACCUUUAGGACAAUUUACCAGGAUCAGGCGUAACUGCUCCUAUGUGAGUGAUUACGAGAAAGAGUCACUGGUUCUGUCCCGACGUUUUGUAGAGAAAUCCUAUCCAUUGAACAAUAUUUUACAAGCUUAUCUAAAGGGCCAUAAUUAUGGCAUGGAAUCAAGUUCUGGUGUUGAGAAUGGGAUGGUUUUUGGGGUAAAUCCUCCUUUACUAUUCCUAAAUCCAGAACAUGACCAUACAAAAGAACAUUUUAGGAUUCUUGAACUUUUGAACUCUAGUAUUUCUUCAAAUAAAGCUAAAAGAGCGAAAUUCAACAUCAGUACCAAAGAGGUUGGUACAGGGAGAACACCCAUAUUCUCUACCACCUUUAAUAAGGGCUAUGAUGAUAUCAUUGAAAUACUUAACAAACAUUGGCCCAUAUUGAUUAAAGAUCCUUGGUUGUCAUUCUGUGUGUCUGGGACCCCAAGGGUCACCUUUAGAAGGGCACCAAAUUUGAAGAAUAUUUUAGCCCCUUCUAAAUUACGUAGCCCAACUACACUUCAUCAGACAACUGCU